AAGCAUCAAAGAGAAUGUUAUAAUGAGAGAGAGAGAUGUGGCGUAGAAGGAAAUCAAAAUUGAUAUAAACUUCCUUCCUUACUUCUUCUCCUUCUCCUCCAGAUCGAACGAAAACCCCCUGAUUAUUAAACUAAAAUUCCCUUGUUUUUAGGGUGACAAUUCCCUCGAUUUUGGAACUGGGGGUUUGCGUGAGGAUCUGUGUGCAAUCAUAUCAUUAUCACACCUUGUUAAUAGGCGAUUUCGGAAUGGCAUCGGUUAAUGGGUUCAGUGCCAAUUAAAAAGAAAAGAAAAGGAUAGAAUUCAAAGUAAGCUCAAUGGCAUCAGCUCAGGUUAAGCGGAGGCAAGAGGUCGCUGAAGCUGGACGCCGUAAGCUUGAGCAGUUCCGUAAGCAAAAAGCAGCCAAAAAGGCAUCAUCGCAGAGUCACACCACCACACAGCCUACUGUUGCAGAAGAUUCAGAUGGAGUUGAUGUUGCUGCUGCACCAUCAAUGCCUAAUGAAACUCAGCAACAAGUUCCCUUUAGCGAAACCCACACCAAGUCAGAAAGUAGCCAGAGAGAUGAGUCAGUGGGCACAGCUAAUUUUUCUAGUAGCUUAGAGUUGAGAGUGAAUAAUAGGAUCCCUGAAGUUGUACCUUAUAGCAAUAUUAUUAUAGGCAAGCAAUCUAGUGAGAGAUUUGAGACUCUAAGAGAAACUGAUGGUGGCACAUCUGGAAGCACUCUGUUAUCAACCUCAAUGCAAAUGGACGGUUUCAUGCAUGGCACUGGUUUAGUCUCUUCCCAAAAAGAUUCUCUACAACCUACUACCAUGAUGGCAGGGUCUUCUAGCGAAGUUUCCAAAAACCAACAGGGAAGUGGUGAACCCAGAGGAGGUAGUAUCGUGCACACGCCAAGUUUGUCUAGCAGUUAUUUUUUUAGUUCUCGACCUUCUCAAUCUUCAGAUUACAGUGUAAAUAUCUUGAACUCUUCCUCGUCUCACUCAACUCAGAACGAAGCGGAUUUGGUUACAUCAAGUGGCGGUUGUGUUUCUGAACCAUCUUCACUCCAGAAUAUAUCUGUGAAAAGAGACAGUAAUGGACCAUCACUAACAAGCGCAGCGUCUGGUUCUCCUUAUCCAUUUGAAAAUUACAGGAGUCCUUUGUUUCCUGUUACCAAUGGAGUAAUGCCAGGUUUCUCUGAUUACUCCAUGCCAAAACAAAAUGAUGAUUUUAGUACUCUGGAACAGCAUAUUGAGGAUUUAACACAAGAAAAGUUUUCACUGCAAAGGGAUCUUGAUGCUUCACGUGCUCUGGCAGAAUCCUUAGCAUCUGAAAAUUCUUCGAUAACAGACACUUAUAAUCAGCAGAGAAGUAUUGUCAACCAAUUAAAAGAUGAUAUGGAGAAGCUACAUCAACAAAUCCAAGCACAAAUGGGAGAACUUGAAUCUGUUAGGAAUGAGUAUGCAAAUGCGCAGCUAGAAUGUAAUGCUGCUGAUGAGCGUUCCCAAAUACUGGCUUCUGAAGUCAUCAGCUUGGAAGACAAGGCUCUCAGACUUAGAUCUAAUGAGUUAAAGCUGGAGAGGGAACUGGAGGAUGCACAAUCAGAAAUGUCAUCUUACGAAAAAAAAUUACAGAGCCUAGAGAAAGAUCGCCAGGACUUGCAAUCUACUAUUAAAGCUCUCCAGGAAGAAAAGAAAGUCCUACAGACAAUGGUGCAGAAAGCGUCCGCUGGUGGAAAAUCCACUGAUCUCGGCAGAAGCUCUACUAGCAGUAGAAACGCAUCAACCUCUACAGAAGGCCUCGUAAUCUCAGAUACUAUGCCAGGGAGCUCUAACCAGGAAACAGAUUCUACAGUUCUGCUCGGAAAUGAUUCAUCUUAUACAACUAUCAUUCAUGAUACUGGACAAUUAACUCUUGAUGGCUUUCCAUUGAGCGUCCCAGCUGAUCAGAUGAGAGUGAUUGAGAACAUUAAUACGCUGAUUGCUGAGUUGGCAAUUGAAAAAGAGGAACUGGUGCAAGCAUUGUCAACUGAGCUAUCUCAAAGUGUGCGGGUAAAGGAGCUGAACAAAGAGUUGUCCAGAAAACUUGAAGUGCAGACACAAAGGUUAGAGCUACUAACAGCACAGAAUAUGGCGAUAGACAAUGUUUCACCUGCAAAGCAUCCGGAUUCUCAUGUUGUUCAAGAGAGACCACCAAUUGCAGAUGAGGGCGAUGAGGUGGUAGAGAGGGUUCUAGGAUGGAUCAUGAAGAUGUUCCCAGGAGGGCCAUCGAAAAGAAGGACAAGCAAGCGUCUCUAA